AUGCCCAUUUUUCAGGAUCCAGAUCGCCAGAGAGACUGCUCCGAUCCGCCAUGGCCUGAUGACCGCAGUUAUAUACAGUGUCCAGCUGAUAUAGAGCUUAACGGCCGGCACAACAAAGUUAUGACUGAUAUCACGCCGCGAGAAUCCAGGAUGGAGUCAGAAAAUCGGCCAACUCUUCGCACGAGUAGUCGAGAAGAAUUAAUUCAGCGUAUUAAACGAGGAGAGAGCCCUACGUGGGUGCCCAGUCGCUCACUGGAGGAAUACUUCGCAAUACAUGGAGAUGAUCCUCAGACUAGACUUGAAGAAUUGCAAAAAAGAGAGAGACUGUCUCUCUCACCAUCAAAUGAGGAGGGAUCGGAGUCUCCAGAGCGGUGCUCGCGAAGUCAAAGUCGAUGUGGCCCAUUACUGGAUUCUCCUAUAGAGAUCGAACGUCCGCGCUCAGCACUACAUUCUGGUGAUUUUCGUGAGCAUUCACCAGAAUCCCCAGAAAAGCUGCAAGAGGGCAACCUUGAUGGCCAGUCCGGUUAUCAGGUACUAUCGACGUCACCACCGGCCCCAUGGUAUUUAGGUUCGCCUGAGUCACGACUAAAGUCUUUAUCAUUUCAAGAGGAGUCAUCACCAAUGCCCGCCAUACGGCCUGUCCCAUCGCUUGGUCGAUUAAGGCCUCCCUCAGUCAGCUCGUUUUCUGCAAACUAUGUGCUUAAGCCACCCACAAGCCCCCUUGUACACCAAGCCAACAAUCCUGACCUCGAUAUGCCCCACAACAUUGAUUCGCUUGACUUGUCUCCAUGCUUGGAAAAAGCGAAUCGCCGGCGGACACUGCCGCCCGAAGCUUUUCAAACAUCACAGCACAUCCACAGCUGGGGCCAUGGCUAUGGAACAUCGCCCGGUUUCAACCACCGAGAAGGGGUAUUCUCACAUCAGGGACACCGGCCACGGAGAUCCCUAACCUCUGGAUUCACACUUCAGCCAGCGUCGUCUCCUCAGAAUUCUUUCUUGUCCCGUAUCAGACGUCCUUCUCAGUCGUCAGAUGCAGCCCCAUUACACCAUGCAUCUAUGGUUGGAUCUUUUGAAGAAUCUAUUCUUCGAGGCAGAAUGUCUAUGUCUCCGUCAAAGCCACUUGACUUCACUGCCCAGGUUGGAGUGCUGGGAAGAGGUCAAUGCAAGGCUAAUUUGAAAUGUCCACCCCAUGUGACAGUGUUGUUUCCUGCCGUUUUUUAUAGCUAUCCUACAUCGAGCGGUGGAAGGACUAUCUCAGACGAUAGCCCAAGCCCGUAUGUUGGGUACAUCGAUAUCGAAAACUCGUUUCCCGGCGAAGUUCGACCGCCUAGGAAAAGUUUCAGGCAGACAACGAUACCCCCUAGAAAUCCUUUCCCAACUCACGCAAACGAGGAGCGCAUUCCCCAAAAGACCCAAUCAUCGCCGCAAGAGCGACGGGUUCGGGAAAAGAAGUCGCGUCGACCGCAGUCUCCCAAGUGUCCGCCUGGUGGCUGCUACCGAAUCCCACAGCAAGGUCAGUUGCAGAUUGUAAUAAAGAAUCCCAACAAGACAGCCGUGAAGCUGUUUCUCGUUCCAUACGACCUUGAAGGGAUGGAACCUGGAACGAAGACCUUUGUUCGACAAAGAAGCUACUCCAUCGGCCCUGCCGUGGACUCGCCCUUGACAUCAGGGACGGUUCUCGAUAGCAGCAUAGCGGAAAGCUCACAAGGCCCUGGCGGCAGCGCUGACGAUAAGCCAGUCCUCAGGUACCUCAUUCACGUCAACAUCUGUUGCCCAUCAAAGGGCCGCUUCUAUCUUUACUCUGGGAUUCGUGUUGUCUUUGCAAAUCGAGUUCCAGAUGGUAAAGAGAAGCUGCGCAACGAAGUGCAUUAUCCUGAGCCUCGGUAUAGCCCCUAUAAACUGGUGAAGGACACUAGUGCUAGCAUGAAGAUGGAACCCCCAUUGAGGAGGAAAAGUGAUGGUCCUGGAUUUAGACUGCAGGGCUCAGUCGACGCAGGAGAACGCCUCCCCUCCAAAACAACACAAUUCGGCGCUCCUCUACCUACCCCUCAACCGUCAGCUCCAUCGAUGUUCCCUAACGGAACAAAUCCUAUUGCACCACGUGAAAUGACAAUGGCGAUUGACCCCGAUUAUAUACCAGAAGGCAGAUAUGUCCUUGGAUCUUCCCCAUCACAAUCUCUGGCGGGCGUAUCAUUCCCACGCUUCGAGCCAUCCCCCCCGCAGAUACGAGCAUAUAUGUCCAGGUCAGACACGCAGGAGGAGACGUGUAGUCUGCGAGAAAGUGACGCUGGCUACGUCAAACAGACCCGACCGCUAGGCUACGCGCACAACGGUGUUGAGAGCCUGUUGGCGCAAAAACUGCGCAAUUUUAAUGAAACGAAGCAGGAACUUCCAGAUCCAGAAAUAUAAUUGACCAGCUUACGACAACCUAUACUUUACGCCCCUUAGUUACCCCGUCUUAUGAUAUUUAUUCGUCACAAUAGCUCAUCUGAGAAUCGAUAACUCUACUCGCGGCUCUGGGAUACAUGCUUUGAAUAUUGGUCUUUUGGUGUUCUACGGUGUCAGGAUUCUGUGAAUACUUGUUGGAUUUUACUCUGCUCUAUACCCACUAAUGGACAAUGAUAGUCCCUUUUAGUCCUGGUCGUUUGGAAAAGUAUCGUAUAUGAAUUACAGUCACUGGGGAGUGGGUGAUAGCUGACCUAGGACUCAUUCUAAACUA